AUGCCCAAGUUCUUCAAGCUCAAUACCGCUGCAACUAUCCCUUGGUUAGGUUUUGGAACGGGCACUGCUCUUUACAAGAAGGAUGCUGCUGAUUUCGUCAAACUCGCUAUUGACAAUGGAGUAACACACCUUGAUGGUGCCCAGAUAUACGACAACGAGGAGAGUCUUGGUCGAGGCAUCGCAAACUCUGGAAAACCACGCUCAGAGUUAUUUGUAACAACAAAACUCUACUUGCCAGCACUUGAACCUGGAGAAACUAUCGUCGAAUCGCUAAAAAAAUCGCUCUCAAAGCUUAAGUUGGACUAUGUCGAUCUCUUCCUCGUUCACGAUCCAACGCCUGCAAGAAAAAAGGGUAACCUUGCUGAGGUAUGGGAAGGAAUGGAGGAGACAUACCGCCUGGGCUUGUCCAAAGCGAUUGGAGUAUCCAACUUCCAGGUCAAAGAUCUCAACACGGUUCUGGAAAACGCAAAGAUUGUACCAGCUGUAAACCAGAUUGAACUUCACCCCUAUGUGUGGAAAGCGGCCAAACCAAUUGUCGAGUUUUCCCAAGUAAAGGGCAUAGCGAUCCAAUCGUAUGGUGGCCAGACUCCCGUAGCUCGUGUCCCAGACGGUCCACUGAGUCCCGUACUAAAGCAAAUCAGCGAGCGAUUAACACAAACGCGUGGAAAAUCAGUCACACCUGGACAGGUAUUGAGUAAAUGGCUGCUUCAGAAAGACGUCAUUGUGAUUACGACUACUUCAAAGGUGUCCCGCCUUCAAGAAUACUUAGAUACUGAGAAUGUACCAGACUUGACAUCGGAAGAGAUACAUGCAAUUGAAGAAGCUGGAGAAAAGUUGCACAAGAGAAUUUUCAUGCAACAUGCAUUCGACGAGUAG